UACGCCCAGCCCUCGACCGAUGACAUUGCUGCUCAGCAGGCCGCCGACGCGAAGAAGAUCCGCGAUGCCCGUCGUCUGAGCAGCCGCGCUGCGCAUGCAACCCUCGUCGAUUAAGCGCCCCACCGCCCAGAAGCCCGCGCCCGGCAAGACGGCAAAGAGCAAGCUUGCCGUGCCACCCGUCGAGAGGUCGGAAGUGACGCCCGAGAUACUAGAGCCCGAGUCCGCCCAGGACACUGCGAGCAAGAAGAAGACGAUCCAGGACUUUCUGGGCGACGACGACGACUACGACUUCGGCCUGCCCAAGGCGCAGCGCGGCGGCCGCAAGAACCGGAAGAAGAGGAAGAACAAGGAGGUCGAGGUCGGUGAGCCCGACUGGGACGAGAUCUACGACCCCACGCGCCCCAACGACUAUAACCUCUACUUGGGCAGCACGGAGCAGCUGCGCGCCGAGUCGGACUUUACGAAUCUCUUGCACUACCGCCACGACGUUGCCAGGGGCAUCAGGCCCGUCUCGAGCGACGACGAGGACCGCGCUCCUCCCCGCGCUCUGAAAAAACAAUUCGCCCCGCCCUCGAGCUACAAUUUUGCGCCACCGGCCGAAUUCACCACCCCCAGCGACACGGCAGCGACAUCGACGCCCGCGGAGGUCCCGAGCGACAACACGGGCGAAGACGCGUUUGCGCGGCGCAUGCGGAUGAGCGGGAUGGCGGAGGCGCCGCCCGAGAUGGGACAAGACGAACCGGUGCCCACGCCGCCAUCCGCCGAAGCACAACCCACGCCCCCGGACACCGCCACAACUGCUUCCCGCGCCCCGGCCCCUUACGACUACCGCGCCGGCGCGGGAUCCAUUGCCCGCGCGCCCGUCCGCUACAGCUUCCCCUCGGCGCCCGCAGACAUGCCCUCCACGGAAGCAGAGCUGCAGUCACUGGUCGACGAAUCGGCGGCGGCGGCCUCUUCAGCCGAGGAGCCGCAGCAGCAGGGCGAGCAGCCGCGCUCGAACCGGCCGGGUCAGGCAGGCUUCGCGGAACGCAUGCUCAGCAAGUGGGGGUGGAGCAAGGGCAAGGGCCUCGGCGCCAAAGAGACGGGCAUCAUCACGCCACUGAGCGUGCAAGCCGAGAAGCGGAAGAAGCGGCCGGACGCCGAGGGCGGGGGGUGGGCUACUCCUGGGGGCAAGGGAAAGAUUGUGGGCGGGAAGAAGGCGCAGAAGGCCGAGGGCGAGGAGGGCGACGACGCGGCUGCCAGCCCGUUUGGCGCUAUGAGCAAUGUUGUCGAGUUGAAGGGGAUGGUGGAGGGGUUGGAUCUGGCGCGGGAGAUGGCCGAGGGGCAGCUGGUCGGCGAGAUUGGCGACGAGUGCGCCGAGAAGUACGGCAGGGUCGAGCGGGUGCUGAUUCAUGCGAGCAGUACGGCGGAGCAGGUGCCGGUGUUUGUGAAGUUCACGAGCCAGCUGAGCGCGUUGAGGGCGGUGAAUGCGUUGCAGGGGAGGGUGUUUAAUGGGAAUGUUAUCUCGGCGCGGUUUUUUGAGGGGGAGAGGUUUGAGGGGGGGAUGUUGGAUUAGUUUGGAGAGGGUUUGCUUUUUUUUAUGUUUUGUGUUUGGACUUUUAUUGGAGCGGGCUGCUUGGGACAAGAUGGAAGGGAAUGAUAUCAUGGCAUUCAUUAUGCGCGAAGAGCGGAACUGCCUUUAGUAGGUA